CCUGUCGGCUCAACGCCACCGGAGCUGUUCGGCAGCAGUCAGUGCUCGCCGCCGUGUCUACGAUACUCGUGACGAGUGGCACCGCAUAGUACAACUUGCCGACUUAGGCGUGAUGAGCAUCCGCGGUCUUCACUGGUCCUUCGGAGAGCCACCAGCAUCCCCAGCCGAUGCGUCUCGGGGCAGUGUGGUGACCUGUGGCCUCGGUGCGGUCUCUCCGGUUUCCGAGAUGGAGCCCGUGAGAAGCGAGUACCGAUGGUGUUACCGAGACGACCGAUGGCACCUAGAAAACGGUGACGGUGGCGAGGUGUCCCUGCUGUCAUCAAAGUUGGAGAUGGUUCCUAUGAAGGACUUCAGCAACGAAGUGCGAGCUUCCAUGGACGUCCGCCGUUUUCUCAAGGACGCCACGGUGAUACUUGACGUUCAGGAGACGACGCUGGAAGACGUCGUGAAUGCUGUCUUGGAGAAGGUUCUGGGAGGUGGUGAACCAGCAACAAAUGUUAGUGAAACCAAGCAAGCCUUUUUCAUAUCCGAACAAGUUGCCAUGCCAACGAGGACUAUCCAGGGCGUUUGCAGCUACGGCAAUGGGGACUUCGACUACGACCAGAGCUGGAUGUGUGUCAUGUGCUCCGUGCCAACGCUGCACAGGAAACGCGUGGCAGUGGCGCGCCUCAAACACCCGACCAACAUGGGUCGAACCUGUGGAGACGUCCGGUUUCUGAUCGCGGUGCUGACCCCGAGCAAGGAGAAGGGCACCAAGAACGCGCUGGAGACCGGUCGCACGUUCGCCACGCUGUUUGCGGACUCGGAGUUUCGUCAGAGGCUUUGGGAAGCGCGCUCGGCCGCGCAGUUUGCCGACGAGCUGUCCGAGCACGCUAGCCGCCUCGCUGCUGACCAGAGGGACACCCUGGCGCCCAAUGGUCGACCGCCAGACGCUGCGCAAGACAGUAAAGAACACAAGUGCACCAUUGCCCGAGGCUUGCGGGACGAUGUCCGGCGUCGGCUAUCCUACUACAUCAGCGACUAUGUCGACGGUAUCGUGGGUUCGCGGACGCUGUACAAGACGAUAUGUACCACGUUCUUCCUCUACUUCGGCUGCCUACUUCCGACCAUAGCAUUCGGAGCAUUAAACGACACCAACACACACGGCAAAAUUGACGUCAAAAAAUGCAUGGUCAGCCAGACCAUAGGCGGACUGGGCUUUGCACUCUUUAGUGGCCAACCGCUCGUCAUCCUGAUGACGACUGCGCCUCUCAGCCUGUACAUUAAAGUCAUCUAUGACAUUAGCCAGGACUUUGGCUUCGACUUCACCGCCAUGUACGCCUGUGUGGGCCUCUGGAACAGCUUCUUUCUCUUCGUUUAUGUCAUUUUCGACGUAAGCAAGGUCAUGAAAUGGUGCACAAGGUCUACCGAAGAAAUCUUCUCGCUCUUCAUCACGAUCGCGUUCUGCGUGGACGCCGGUCGAGACGUCUACAAGGACUUCUUGCACCACUACCUCGUGCCAGACUGUGCCGACACCGUCUGGGCAGCCGGUGGCCGCCUUCCUUCCAUCGCAGCCGUUAACAAUACCACCAGCGGCAUCAUUGACGCGGUGUUGGUGACCUCCCGCUGCCAGCGAGACACGAGUCUUCUUUUCCUGAUGCUCACGCUGGGCACGUGCAUGCUGGGCGUGACGCUGUACAACUUCAACAAGACCCCCUACCUGCAGACCUACCUGCGAAACCUGCUGUCCGACUAUGCGCUGCCGGUGGCUGUGGUCGUCUUCAGCUUCGUCGGCUCCUUCGUGUUCAAGGACGUUGAGACCGAACAAUUCCGGAUCACUGACGGCUACAACUUCGAACGGGCCAAAGUCGAGUCUCUUUCGGUGUCCGGAGUCUUCGGCGCCAUGGGUCUCGGCUUCGCCCUAUCCCUGCUGUUCUUCAUGGACCAGAACAUCUCCGCCGCCAUGGUGAACAACCCGAGCAACAAGCUACACAAGGGCAGCGCCUACCACCUGGACUUGCUCGUCGUGGGUCUGCUCAACGCGGGGCUCUCCGUGUUCGGGUUGCCCUGGAUGCACGGCGUGCUGCCGCACUCUCCUCUGCACGCCCGCUGCCUGGCCGACCUGGAGGAGCGAGUCGACCAGGGUCACGUGCACGAAGUCGUGGUGCGGUCUCGAGAGACGCGCCUCACCGGCAUCCUGUCACACGUGCUGAUCGGACUGUCGCUGCUCCUUCUCCCGUACCCGCUUUCCUACAUCCCGACUGCGGUCCUCGAUGGGCUCUUCCUUUACAUGGCCGUGACGUCCCUUAUAGGCAACCAAAUGUUCGAGCGCUUCACGCUGCUUUUCACCGAGCAGGCGGCGUACCCUCCAAACCACUACAUCCGGCGCUGCCCGCAGCGAAAGAUACACCUGUUCACAUUCUGCCAGCUAGUGCAACUCGCCGUGCUGUGCUUCUUUGGAUUCGCGCCCUGGCCCUACGUGCAGAUGGUCUUCCCCGUCAUCAUCCUCUUGCUCUUGCCGCUUAGGCAUAAAAUUAUCACCCUCUUUCUGGAUCGGAAAUAUCUGGCAGCCUUGGACGGCAAACACCAGUAGGACAUUAUUCAACGCAUCUGCAGCUGCCAGUGUGAACGAGAAGAAGCGUUCUUCAACCGGAAACGACACCAGUUGUAGGGGCUCUGACACGAAUAUGUGGCUCCCCUAGCGGUAGUCACGUCGUGAAAGUAAUGGAGCAUCCUGGCAGUUCUAGAGCUCUGAAGACCAGCGUUGAGCUGAAUGGUACAGGUGUCAAUCAGAAAACCAGCACAAGCAGCUGAGACCGACGCUGCAAACGAUUUCCAAUAGAAAUAGGAAGACGUAUUAUGCACUGGCAGGAUAGUUGGAACUUCCUAAUGCUGCUCGCCCUCUGGCUCAUACACGUGCAACGGCUCACUGCAGAUUCUAAUUUUCAGCUUUUUUUUUUUUUUGUUAUUUGAAUUCCCUGUUGCAGUAUGUUUCUUCUUGGUGCUGUUUCAGUGCAGCCAAGUCGCCACUGCUGUUCUCAUAACAAUGGGUAGCACGUGAACAUUAAACUUAGCACUGUCGGAUAGUGG